GAGGCGCUCUGCCCCGGUAUAUUGUACUGCGCUCCUUUCCCACCCGGCCUUUUCUUCGCCCGGAGUGCAACCCCUCAACAGCAGCUGCCGUCACAGAGCAACCAGCCGAAACAUGGCAGGAUACCUGAAGGUGCUCAGCUCCCUCUCCAGGUCCGCCGCCGCGGUGUCCCGGAGCCCCGCCGCGCUGGCCCCCGCCGCCUGCCAGCACCUCCAGCAGCGCAACUAUGCAGACAAGCGUAUCAAGGUGUCCCAGCCCGUGGUGGAGAUGGACGGUGACGAAAUGACCCGAAUCAUCUGGGAGUUCAUCAAGGAGAAGCUCAUUCUGACCAACGUGGAUGUGGAGCUGAAGUAUUUCGACCUGGGUCUCCCAUACCGGGACCAGACCAACGACCAGGUCACCAUCGACUCCGCGCUCGCCACCAAGAAGUACAGUGUCGCUGUGAAGUGUGCCACCAUCACCCCCGAUGAGGCCCGCGUAGAAGAGUUCAAUCUGAAGAAGAUGUGGAAGAGCCCCAAUGGGACAAUCAGGAACAUUUUGGGCGGGACAGUCUUCCGUGAGCCAAUCAUCUGCAAGAACAUUCCCCGUCUCGUUCCUGGUUGGACGCAGGCCAUCACGAUCGGCAGACAUGCCCACGGUGACCAGUACAAAGCGACAGACUUCGUGGUGGACAAACCUGGGAAGUUCAAGAUGGUGUUCACCCCUACGGAUGGGAGCACAGCCAAGGAGUGGGAGGUGUUCGACUUCCCUGCCGGGGGCUGUGGGAUGGGAAUGUACAACACGGAUGAGUCCAUCACCGGGUUCGCCCACAGCUGCUUCCAGUACGCCAUCCAGAAGAAGUGGCCUCUGUACAUGAGCACCAAGAACACCAUCCUGAAGGCGUACGACGGCAGAUUCAAGGACAUCUUCCAGGACAUCUUCGAGAAGAACUACAAGCCGGAGUUUGACAAGCUGAAGAUCUGGUACGAGCACCGGCUCAUCGACGACAUGGUGGCCCAGGUGCUGAAGUCCUCGGGCGGCUUUGUCUGGGCCUGCAAGAACUACGACGGGGACGUGCAGUCCGACAUCCUGGCGCAGGGAUUCGGCUCACUGGGGCUGAUGACCUCGGUGCUUGUGUGUCCCGACGGCAAGACCAUCGAGGCCGAGGCGGCCCACGGCACCGUCACCCGGCACUACCGCGAGCACCAGAAGGGCCGGCCGACCAGCACCAACCCCAUCGCCAGCAUCUUCGCCUGGACCAGGGGGCUGGAACACCGCGGCAAGCUCGAUGGCAACCAGGACCUGAUUAGGUUUUCCCAGACACUGGAGAGGGUGUGUGUCGAGACAGUGGAGAGCGGAGUCAUGACCAAGGACCUCGCAGGAUGUAUCCAUGGCCUUGCAAACUGCAAGCUGAAUGAGCACUACGUCAACACUACAGACUUCCUCGACGCCAUCAAGAAAAACCUGGACAAGGCCCUGGGCAAGUGAGAAACAGCAAGAAGAGGACUACAUGCUGGACAAUGAAGUUAUUUUUUUUACCUCAUUUUUAACUUAAAAAAUAUCAGAAUAUUGCCAUACACAUUUUGCCCGAAGGGAAAAAAGUAGUUUUUAAUAUAGAGGUGUCUACAAGCUGUAUAGUCAGCAUACAGCUGCUCAGUAUGCUGCUGUCAGUUUUCUUCGUUCCCCUCCGCCAAGGGCCUGUUUCUGUAAUGUGAAGUACGCUUCAGAUACUGUAAUUAAUUUAUAUAACGUGGAACGACUGAACUUGACAUAGGACCAUCUUAAGCAAUAGACAUCACUAAUAAAACCUCCUUGUUGUAAA